AUGUGUCGAUAUAUCUUCCACCACUAUACCCGCUGCGGCCACAUCGCCAACUUCGAUUUCCAUAGCUGCGUCGAGGUUACCAAUCUGCUGCGCGGAUUAUCCCAGCCCGGCUCGAAUUCGCCCGAUCCAACCUGUACCAACGUCAAGGUUGAGCACGACUUGUGCUCCACUAAGAUAGAGGUCUACUGUCUGCAGUGUGAACUUGACUUUCAGCGCUUGACCCAAGGCACUGAAGGAGCUGUUCACGACAUCCCGGACUACAUUCAAAUUGAAGGAAUCGACAACCCAGAACCCGUCAUCUCCAUCAAGAUGCAGUGGCAGGUUCCUAGGUCCCGAAAGCGCGGUUUCAACGAGGCCUUUCUAGAUCUUGACCUCGAUGGCGACCACAAGUCUGAUAGCAGCAAUGGCACUACGGUUCAGCCCAGCACCAUUGCCAAUGCGUCAACCCUCACUUCCUCCGAGCUAUGGCAUGGCUUUUUUGACGUCCCGCUGAACGCCCAAGACCACGACGCUGCAGACGCAGACAAGGUUGACUGCGGUCUCCACCCGGCCAAGAGACGUAAUGACUCCAUCUCUGAAGACUACGUGGUGAUCGGUACUGACAUCGUCACCACCCAGGCAGAACGACUUACUAGCGCAGCCAACCACGAGGAAGGCUCGGACUCGGACGACUUCUACAGCCUGUGGCUGUCUGACUCGGACUCGGACGAUGGCGACACAGAAGACACCACCGCAUCCCUCAAACGCCAGUUGGAAAGCUUCACUUUCCUAAACUACCGAUCUACACCUCGAAGCCCUGAUAUCCCUUGUUCACCUCGUACCCGUACCCGUCCUCGUCCUGACCCGUUGCCUCUGUACGUGGGUUUUCCCGGUCAACCGCCGGAAAGGUCGCCUAGGACCCUUCGGCCUUCGUCUAGGGAGAAUUAUCUUGAUGCGAGAACGGACCUGCAGUCGCCUUUAUUUGAUGGGUUUCCGGGUAUUCUUCCAGAUGAGGAUGAGUUGGGCCUGCGGUCGCCUGGUCUUGUGAGUUUCCCGCGUAUUGUGACUGAAGAUGUUGAUGAGGAGGAGAAGGAGAAAGAGACAGGGGAAGAGAAGGUAGAGAAGGGGAGAUCGACUGGUACAGUGCUGGGUCUUCGUGGUUCGAGUUUGGCUUCCGGUUCUGGGUACGCUGCUUCUCUGUUGAAGGGGCUGAAUAUUACCAUGUCGAGGAAGUGA